UGGGGGCGUGGCCAGGCCGUCGGGGCGCGGCUAGGGCUCGCGGAGCUCAUUCAACGCUCCAGGUGUCCCACUUGGCUCGAGACCAGAACUGUUUGGAUUUAACAGUCCGUGGACGGCCCGAGUCUGAGAGUCCAGUGACCGGACCGUGAUCUAGUGUAAAGGCGAGGCCCAGAGGGUGAGAAGGAGAAGGCGAGACAUGAGAUCUGGCCUCCCGCCCCGCCCAGCCAUGUGGCACUCGCUGGUCCUGCUGCUGCUGCUCCCCUCUGCCUUGGUGCCCCCCUCCACUGCAGCCCCGAUCCGUGACACCGACGCCCAGGAAAGCUCCUCGGGUUUCCUAGGCCUCCAGAGACUGCUACAAGGUUUCACCCGGCUUUUCCUGAAAGAUGACCUGCUGCGGGGCAUGGACAGUUUCUUCUCCGCCCCCUUGGACUUGCGGGGCCUCCCUACGAACUACCACCAAGAAGAGAACCAGGAGCGCCAGCUGGGGAACAGCACUCUCUCCAGCCACCACCAGAUCGACAAGGUGACCGACAACAAGACAGGAGAGGUGCUGAUCUCCGAGAAGGUGGUGGCAUCCAUUGAGGCAGGAGAUGGGAGCGUGGAGAGUGACUGGAAGGUACCCAAGAUAGAGGAGAAGGCGGCCCUGGUGCCCCUCCCCAAGGCCAUGGACAGCUUCCACCCAGAACCCCACCCCCGAGUGGCCUUCUGGAUUAUGAAGCUACCGCGGCGAAGGUCUCAUCAGAGUGUCCCAGAGGGCAACCGUGCUAUCAGCGAGAAGGAACACCGCCUGCAGGCCAUCCGGGACGGGCUCCUCGAGGGGACCCGAGAGGAAGCCCUGCAGAAAGGGACCCAGGCCGCCCCCCACUUCAAGCCGCCUGCCCGCAAGACGCACUUCCUGUACAUUCUCAGGCCGUCUCAGCAGCUCUAGGUGUGGGGAUGGGAACGCCUGCAUGUACCCACAACCAGACCCCACCCCAAGCUCCAUGUGGAAAUAAAGUUCUUACAUCGAAAA